GGGACAUCCCCCGCCUCACGACUUCCACGACUUGAACGAAAGACACUAGUGACUUGCAUAGCUUGGAGCUGCGAGUGGGGCUUUGCAGAUGACACAAUUAUUCAGAGAUAUGCGCCUGUAUGGCCAUGUGUUCGUCUUUCUACUAGCAGUAACGGUGCUCGGCAUCGAUGCGUACCUGGCUAGUAUCUUUCUCCCUAACUUGCAUCCCGACUUCACAAUAUUUGCUCUCGUCGUCCCAUCGUUAACGAUACUAAUAUUUUUCAUUCUAAAUUCAUGGUCACGCCCAAUCAUGGAAGCGAUCGCUACAUUCAUCCUAGGUGUGCUCUGGCUCACAAUGGGCGCAUGGUCUACCGAUAUCCUUGGGAACAUCCAAUGUGAUACACUAGGAGGCCAGCGGACGCCCACGAAAUCGGGCAGCAUCAGUGCCAAGUCUUACUGCUACGAGAUGAAGGUCAUCGAGGCCUUCUCUUGGAUGAACUUCUGUCUCUUCACAAUCUUCCUCUGGAUCCUCAUCACACUGACAUCGCGGGCGAAGGCCUUCGGACGGUACGGCGCCUGGUACGAGCCAAUCUUCGAGCUGCCUUGGUUUGGACAGUACCCUGGUAACGAGAGCGGCGGUCCCCCUGGACGCUACAACUACGCCUAUCCCGCCGGCUCGCCUGCGUACCCGGGGCAUGCGUACCCCACGAACCCGCAGAUGUCGAACGGCGGGUACGUCGUGUCGCAACAACCUGGGCACUCGGUCGUCAUCCAGCCACAGCAUGGCGGCCCGCCAGUCGUCACGCAGGUACCUGGGAUCGUGCAGAGUGCGUAGCUGCGCACUCUGAAGGCAGAAACGAAGGCAAUGCUACACGUGCUAUAGACAGACUAAUUAUUGGUUACGAAGACACGAUAAUUAUGCCGCAUUGAUGAGCUUACGCACGUGAACACAUGGAUCAGAACGCACCAGGGCGGAAGCGUGUCUUCACGGCAUGUGUUUUUAUAUUGUUAAA